AUGUCCGUCAAGGCAUCAUUGUCCACGACGUCCUCGGAGGAGGUAUCUGGGUGGUGGCCUUCUGAGAGAAGUGCUAAGUCUCGGUUCAAGGCACUCCUUAGUCGCACAAAGUUGGAGAAGUUUACGAGGCAAAACAGACUCGAUUCGACCUCUGUUCGGCCCAACAUAUCCCAAUCUGUGUAUUCGGGGCCGGUUGCUUCAGCUCCAGAGAUCGCUCAUGCGCAAGCAUCCAAUGCCGACACGACUCUGUCGAGCCCAACUCCGUGCACGUCGCAGCAAGAUGAGAAGCAAGUCCGGCGGCUGAGGGUUCAGCGAAACUUGACGGUCAUUCAUCCAACAUACCCACGACCACUCGUCACGCAGCAAGCUUACGAAGAGCUGCCAUCUCCUAUACUUGCACAACCAGCAAUGUACAGCAAGACUUCCCGGAACGUGUCUCGCUCAACCACGGAUUCGUCAGUCCAUACGCUCAACAGUGUCGAAUCCCCGACCGCGCCGUCUUUGGCAGCAGACGAUAACUCAAUAUAUACCACUCACACAAGUUUCUCCAGCUACGCAAGCUCUUCGUGUGCUCCCGGGCCCUUUGUUACGAUUGCCGAUAGUGACAAAGUCCCAACACCCGGGGAUUACUCCUGGCCAGAAAUGUCCACACAGACACCAUAUCACGCGGGAGUCUUGUCCACGUACAAGCGGACACCAAACCAGACCACCCAACAUGCGGCUCGUCCGAUGACCGCCCUGGAUUCUUUGGCUGGGAUACCCAUUGACAGCCAUGACCUGCCCUCGCAGAAACCCUUGCCGUCGAUACCUGCAUCCCCGUACCGGUUCGGUGGUGACGAUAGACGUAUUUCAACCAUCGCCCCCCUGCCGGAGUCAGGGCACAUCAGGAAGACAUCUGCUCGCUAUCGCUGCGACCGUUCCGAGACCACCACCAGCAACAGCAGCCGGUGUACCACGCCGACGUCGCCGUCCUCGUCCUCGUGGCCCGCUAGCAUCCGAAGCAAAAGCUCCACGUACACACAGGAUUCGGCAGACGGGGUCCGGAAGAGAGCCGCGUCAUAUAGUCUCUUCCCACGGACUCCUUCGACAGGGCUGCAAAAGCUGUCUAUAAACGGCAUACCUUCACCGCCCAUCGCCGCAGCUGCCACCUCCGUCGCGAGCAGCAGUAUCAGCACCACCAACAUCCAGUGCACUCUGCCUAAUCUGCCGUGUCCAAGCAGACCACCAACACACGCGGAGAGAGCCGAGGUGGCUACUCGCCCGCCACUACCGGCGCGCGACCCACGCAGAUACGGCAAAGUCUUGUCCCUGGAAAAAGCCAUGGCUGCAAAUCCGAAUGAGAAGCCGCAGACAUCGCGAAUCUGCUCUGUCGAAGAAGACGGCGCGUGGCGAGCCAACCCUCAAUCCCCACAGCAACUGGCAAAAAGACCACGGCAAUCCGUCCUCCUGCGGCAGAAGAGUUUGCCGUGCCUGAUCCGUCCCAGGACCCCGUCCUCAGGACCUCCCCCUACCGAGCCGUUACCGGCUUUGCCUUCAGUGGCCUCAGGCAGCCUAUCACUGCAUAAGAGAUUGCACGACGAAAGAUGA